UUUUUGAGAAAAUUUAUUACCCCAUAGAUCGUGUUGGGCAAAAAAUUUCUAUUCUUAAUUCUUUAUUGAAUCAAUUUUAAAAUAUGGCUUUAGGUGAUUAUCCAGCUGACUAUAAUCCUAAAGUUCAUGGUCCAUAUGAUCCAGCACGUUAUUAUGGCAAAGCUGAUAUACCUUUUGGGCAAGUAAAGCUUUCAGAAAUUGGAAGUUGGAUUAGCCGUCGUAAUAAAAGUCCACAGGCUAUCGCUGGAGCAUUUUCUCGAGCAUAUUGGCGUUGGCAACACAAAUACGUGCAACCGAAACGUGCUGGAAUUGCACCAUUUUUUCAAUUAACAUUUGCUGCUAUGACGUUUUUCUAUCUCAUAAAUUAUGGAAAAAUGAGACAUCAUAGAAAUUAUAAAUACCAUUAACCAGCUUCUUAACCUAAUGCAAGUGAUUCAAUUUGAAUGCAUUGUUAUAUACUUACAUAUUAUAUGUGAAAUAUAAACUAGUAUGAAUUAAAUCGGAAUAGAAAUAUAAUUUGUA